AUGUCUCAGGAAAAUCAGACUGAAUUCCUCCUCCUGGGAUUCUCUGACCUCAGGGUCCUGCAGGGCCCCCUGUUCUGGGUGGUGCUGCUGCUCUACCUGGUCACCUUGCUGGGUAACUCCCUGAUCAUCGUGCUGACCCAGGCCAGCCCCGCCCUGCGCUCCCCCAUGUACUUCUUCCUGCGGCACCUGUCGCUGGUGGAGCUCCUCUACACCGCUGACAUCGUGCCCAGGACCUUGGUCGACCUGGCCUCCCCGCACGCCAGGGCCAUCUCCUUCCAAGGCUGUGCAGCCCAAAUGUACAUCUUUGUCGUCCUUGGCAUCGCGGAGUGCUGCCUGCUCACGGCCAUGGCCUAUGACCGCUACGCCGCCAUCUGCCGCCCGCUGCACUACGCCACCCUCAUGAGCGGGAGGGCCUGUGCGGCCAUGGUGGGCACCUCCUGGUUCAUGGGCAUCAUCACAGCCACUACCCACUGCUCCCUCAUCUUCACCCUGCCCUUCCCCAGACAGCCCGUGGUCCCGCACUUCCUCUGUGACAUCCUGCCGGUGCUGAGGCAGGCCAGCGCGGGCAAGCGCAGGAGCGAGAUCUCCGUGAUGACGGCCACUGUGGUCUUCAUCAUGCUGCCCUUCUCCCUGAUCGUCACCUCUUACGCCCGCAUCCUGGGAGCCAUCCUGGCCAUGGCCUCCACCCAGAGCCGCCGCAAGGUGUUCUCCACCUGCUCCUCGCACCUGCUCGUGGUCUCCCUCUUCUUCGGAACAGCCAGCAUCACCUACAUCCGGCCCCGGGCAGGCUCCUCUGUGGUCACAGACCGCAUUCUCAGCCUCUUCUACACCGUGGUCACGCCCAUGCUCAACCCCAUCAUCUACACGCUCCGGAAUAAGGAGGUGGCAGGGGCCCUGCAGAACUUGCUGAAGAAGCAGGUGGCCUAG